AUGGCUGUAAAUCCACAAGCUUUCGAGCAGUUCACUCUGAGACAAAUUCGCAUCACUGAGAAUGAGUUUGGACGAGGUUCCAACGCUGUUGUCAUGGAGCUAGAGUAUCGAGGACUGAAAUGUGCCGGCAAGAAGCUUCACAGAGCUCUGUACGAAGCUGGAAUCGGGUAUGCAGCACGAAGGUAUCUGGAGGAGUGUCACCUGCUCAGUCAAACUAGGCACCCCAACAUUGUCCAGUUUCUAGGAGUCUGUUUUGAGGAAGGUUCUCAGUUCCCCAUCCUAGUCAUGGAGUUCCUCCCCACCAACUUGACCAGCUGUCUCGAGCGCUACGGUAUUCUCCCCGAUGAGAUCAACUUCUCCAUCCUUCGUGACGUCUCACUGGGCCUGGUCUACCUCCAUGGCCAAACACCAGUCAUUGUGCACAGAGACCUCUCAGCCAACAAUGUCCUCUUGUCCACCAACAUGACGGCCAAGAUAUCCGAUCUGGGGGUUGCUCGAAUAUUGAACCUGACCCCUCUUCAAGUGAGUCGAAUGACAGAGACCCCUGGCACCCCAGCGUACAUGCCCCCCGAAGUGAUGGUUGCCAACCCCCACUACAACACCAGUGUGGAUGUGUUCUCCUUUGGGAUCAUGAUGAGUCACACCUUCACAGCAGAGUGGCCACUACCAAGUAUCGGCCAGACACGAAUCGAUCCUGCUAAUCCUGACAGACUGAUACCAGUGACGGAAGCUGAACGAUGUGAAGAGUUUUUUCAAAAACUAUCCCCAGACCACCCUCUGAUGGACCUCAUCAUGCGCUGUCUCAGCAACAACCCUCAGCGAAGGCCUAGAGCAGCGGAGAUAGUGGGUCGGAUGGUGGGUGUGGUACUUGAACACCCUCCCUCCUUUGAGAACAGAGUGGAGAUGCUCCAGCGAGUGAGUGCCCUACUGACAGAGAAGAGGGAGCUUGAGGAGAAGGUUGUGAGGAAGGACUCGGCAAUCCAGGAGAAAGCAGGAGAGAUCGAGGCACUGGCGGAGGAGAAAAGACGACAAGAGGAAGAAAGUGAAAACACUGUCGAGCGUAUCCAGUUGGUGCACUCGGUGGAAACUGAUCAGUUUAAAUUGGAGAAUGAAGAUCUUAAAGGUCAACUCGAAGAUAAAGAGACAAUUGUUAACAUGAAAGAUGCUAGGAUUACUGAGGUAGAAACUCGAUGUAAGCAACUCACUGAAGAGGUGGAGCAACAAAUUGCCAACGUCAACUACACUCACAACGAGCUUGUAUCUAAAGCUACGAAAAUAGCUCAACUGGAAACACAUCUAGAACAGGAACAAGCUUGUUUAGCUGACAAAAACUCUAGUAUCGCUCAAAAAGAUUCCACUAUUGCUGUCAAAGAUUCAACAAUUGCUCACAAAGAUUCGACUAUUGCUCACAAAGAUUUGAUGCUUGCCUCCAAGGACACUUCCCUUCAAAAGAAAGAAGCCACCAUUCAGAGUUUGAACGACCAGCUCACAAAAACUAGAGACUACCUGACCAGCAAACCACAGUCAACCUAA